AUGAAGUCCUUACACGUGUACGACAAAAAAGACAAACUGAUGGAGUCUCUUUGGUACAGAUCCUUAAAAAUCGCCGCUGUUGUGGCAAAUUACUGGUUUGUUUCUAUAUCUAUGGUAUUUGUAAACAAAUAUUUACUAAGUAGCAAACAGCUAAAGCUCAAUGCUCCGUUGUUUGUCACUUGGUACCAGUGUGUCAUGACUGUUUUGCUGUGUGGCCUGCUCAGUUUCUUCAGCUCCUUAUUCCCCUCUCACGUCACUUUCCCACCUUUUAAAAUUGAACCAAAAUUAUGUCGAACAACACUGCCUCUGUCGAUAAUAUUUGUUGGAAUGAUCUCUUUCAACAACCUCUGUCUAAAAUAUGUGGAAGUUCCUUUCUAUUAUAUCAGCCGAUCAUUAACAACUGUUUUCAAUGUUGUUUUCUCUUAUGUUGUCCUCAAGCAGACAACAUCCAUCCCUGCUAUUGUCUGUUGUGCUGUGAUCAUUGCUGGCUUUAUCUUGGGCAUUGACCAAGAAGGAGUUUCUGGCUCCUUAAGUAUUACUGGUGUGAUAUUUGGGGUUUUUGCUAGUGCAAGUGUAGCCAUGAAUGCUAUCUUCACAAAAAAGAUCCUACCAAUGGUAGACAACAAUGUUUGGCGCCUCACACUCUACAACAACAUUAAUGCAACCAUCCUCUUCAUUCCACUGAUGCUUUUCUUUGGUGAAGUCAACACAGUCAUCUCGUUUCCUUACAUUGGAAAUCUGCACUUUUGGUACGUCAUGUCAAUCAGUGGCUUUCUUGGCUUUGCCAUUGGUUAUGCUACAGGUCUCCAGAUUCAGUACACAUCUCCAUUGACCCAUAAUGUGUCAGGCACAGCUAAAGCCUGUGCCCAGACAGUCAUUGCCUGCAUUUACAAUUCGGAUGUGAAAUCCAUUUUAUGGUGGUUCAGCAACUGCACCGUUCUGCUCGGAUCCUUGGGUUACACCGAAGUGAAGCGUCGAGAGAUGAAGAAAGAGCAUUCAAAAGAGAUGCAAGAUACAAAAGCUGACAAGGACAUGGAAAAGCAGACAGAAAAUCUUUUACCAGCAAAGUCUUAG